AUGCCUAGUCUGUGUUGCUGCCUUUCAUCAAAUGCUACUCCUUUGGAAGGCGGGGAUGCCUCGCGAGAAGCAAAGAAAAAACUCAGGAUCGAUCUGCCAAGGGCCUCAGACGCAAAGAAUGAAGAGCCUAAAUCCCGUUUUGCACAGUACUUAACACCUGCCCAGGAAGAUGAGCUGCGGGGCAUUGCUAAUGCCAUCGUCCGUGCUAAAUGUGGCAUUCUUGCUGCUGAUGAAUCAGUUGGCACUAUGGGCAAAAGGUUAGAGGCUAUCAACUUGCCAAAUACAGAGGACAACAGACGCAAAUACAGAGAGCUCCUUUUCACAGCAGAUGACAGUCUUUCAGAAAACAUUAGUGGAGUUAUUUUGUUUGACGAAACAUUCAGACAGAGCACUGCCGCAGGCAAGCCUUUUGUAAAAGUUUUGCAAGAGAGGGGCAUCAUUCCGGGAAUUAAAGUUGACAAAGGUGUUGUCCCAUUGGCUGGAACUCUUAACGAAUGCACAACUCAAGGCUUAGACGGGCUCUCUGAGAGGUGUGCUGAAUACAAAAAAGGAGGGUGUGGAUUUGCUAAAUGGCGAUGUGUGCUGAAAAUUUCAGAAUUUACACCAUCCUACCAAGCUAUGUUGGAAAAUGCUAAUGUGCUUGCCCGUUACGCCAGCAUUUGCCAACAGAAUGGCUUAGUGCCAAUCGUUGAACCAGAAGUACUCCCUGAUGGUGAUCAUGACUUGGAAACUGCACAAAGAGUAACUGAACAGGUUUUAGCUUUCACCUACAAAGCUCUUGCAGACCAUAAUGUCUUCUUGGAGGGUACUCUACUAAAACCCAACAUGGUGACAGCUGGUCAGGCUUGCACCAAGACUUACAAGCCAGAAGACAAUGCAAGGGCAACAGUGACUGCUCUCAACAGGACUGUACCUGCUGCAGUUGCUGGUGUUACUUUCCUCUCUGGUGGACAGUCUGAAGAGGAUGCUACCUUAAAUCUUAAUGCCAUCAACCAGUUCCCAGGACGCAAACCUUGGCCACUGACCUUCUCCUAUGGGCGUGCCCUUCAAGCCAGUGUACUGAAAGCUUGGGGAGGUAAAGAUGAAAACAUCAAGGCUGCCCAGGACGAAUUGGUCAAGCGUGCUAGAGCUAAUGGUGAAGCUGCAGUUGGAUUAUACAAAGGAUCCGGUUCCUCAGCAGCGGGCGGAGAAUCUCUGUUUGUUGCCAACCAUGCUUAUUAAACAACCACAAAGGAACACCUCAAAAUUUACGUCUUAAAAAAUAUUUUGGCUUUCAUAGUUAAAAGUAUAAAAUUUUUAACGAUGAUUUUAAAACUUAAAAAAAGUAUUUAUUUUAUCUUUAUCCCCAAAAAAAAAAAAAUCUCUAGGUGUUUAUCUGCAUUGUCACUUUCACUUAGCUUAAGUCCCCUGAGAUAUUUUUCAGUCAGAUAAUUGUGUACUUUUUUUUUUUUUUAAUCACUUUUGAAUGUAAGUUUUGUUAGUCUUUCAGUAUAUAUAUAAAUGUACGUUUCCACGAGUGGAAUAGAAAAUAUCAAACAUUGGAUUUGAUCUGUUGCUGUUUUUUGCAUAAUUUUUAUGCAGUUAAUGUUUUGAUGAAGAAAUGGUUACAUUGACUGAAUGAGGGACAUUUAUUAUAUAUAUUUAAUUAGAUUCUAUAGAUACCACAGAUACUAUUAGGUAUCCACAAUAUUAGCUUUUGUUUCGAAACCUUUGAAGAAAAAAAAAACUUGAUAUAUGUUAUAACAUAGUGUGUGUGUGUAUAUUCCCUCCUUUUUUUUUUUUUAAGUGUUUUUAGAAAUCUGAGUCAAUGAAUGAAGCCAAAGAUCUAUCAGAAAAUCUUGUGGAGUUAUUUACAAAUGCUACAUCUUUAGCAACACAAUUUUUAAAGGAAAUGUAUAGUGUACAUUUUUUUUUUCUUGUCUUUCUGUGAUUGGUCAACAGACAAGUACAAUUAUAUGUUACCAUUAGUUGUCCAAACUAGAAUGGUCUAGAUAAUUGGCUUUCACUUCAAACUACAUUGUUUGUAGAUCAUGUGUAAUAAAAAUAAAUUGACUAAA